GGGGUGUGCGCGGCGCGAGCGGAAGCGGAAGCGGCUCUGUUCGCCGCCUCUCCCACCGGCCCGAUGAGCUGCAGCGGCUCCGGCGCGGACCCCGAGGCGGCGCCGGCCUCCGCCGCCUCGGCCCCGGGCCCGGCGCCCCCGGUCUCGGCUCCCGCCGCGCUGCCCGCCAGCACCGCCGCAGAGAACAAGGCCAGCCCCGCGGGGACAGCAGGGGGGCCUGGGGCUGGAGCAGCUGCUGGGGGCACGGGACCCUUGGCGGCGCGGGCCGGGGAGCCAGCUGAGCGGCGUGGGGCGGCUCCGGUGUCGGCGGGUGGCGCGGCGCCCCCGGAGGGGGCCAUAUCUAACGGGGUUUACGUACUGCCGAGCGCGGCCAACGGAGACGUGAAGCCCGUGGUGUCCAGCACGCCUUUGGUGGACUUCUUGAUGCAGCUGGAAGAUUACACGCCUACGAUCCCAGAUGCAGUGACUGGUUACUACCUGAACCGUGCUGGCUUUGAGGCCUCAGACCCACGCAUAAUUCGGCUCAUCUCCCUAGCUGCCCAGAAAUUCAUCUCAGAUAUUGCCAAUGAUGCCCUACAGCACUGCAAAAUGAAGGGCACAGCCUCCGGCAGCUCCCGGAGCAAGAGCAAGGACCGCAAGUACACUCUAACCAUGGAGGACUUGACCCCUGCCCUCAGCGAGUAUGGCAUCAAUGUGAAGAAGCCGCACUACUUCACCUGAGCCACCCAACCUAAAUGUACUUGUCUGUCCCCAUGUCCCCACACCAGCCUGUUUUCAUAAUAAACUUUAUUGUGACA